AUGGCAGACCAAUCUGUUACCGAAAAAGACGUCGUUUCGACCACAGCCAACGGGAAUACCUCAGUUUCCAGUGACACCGAGCGCCUAUCAGAGGCUGUUGAUCGGACACCAAAUGUCGAGGAGAAUCACGAAGAGCCCGACGUCGUUGAUUGGGAUGGUCCUGACGACCCUGAAAACCCCAUGAACUGGCCCGAAUCACGAAAAUGGGUCAACCUAGCGCUCAUGUCAAUUUUGACCAUUAUCUCCCCACUGGGUUCGUCGAUGUUCGCGCCCGGUGUUGCAAAGAUCUUGGUCGAGUUCAAUACCAACUCUCCCAUGGUUGCCACAUUCGUAGUGUCGAUCUACUUUCUCGGCUUCGCGUUUGGUCCUCUUGUCGUCGCACCGCUCAGUGAGAUUUACGGACGUGUAUACGUCUAUCACGUUGGUAACUUUGCCUUCACCAUUUUCAGCAUUGGUGCUGCAUUGAGCGUUGAUAUGGAGAUGCUCAUGGCUUUCCGUUUCAUCAUGGGCGUUGUGGGAUCAGUCCCCACCACAAUCGGCGUGGGGAGCAUUGUUGACGUGAUGGCUCUCGAGAAACGAGGGCGGGCUAUCUCUUUAUGGGCUUUGGGUCCCCUUCUUGGACCAUGUAUUGGGCCGGUUGCUGGUGGCUAUCUCAUCGAGCGGGUUGGGUGGAGGUGGGUAUACUGGCUGCUUGCCAUCAUGGGCGGAGUGUUCAGUGUUUUGGCACUCUUGAUCAUGCGAGAAACUUACGCGCCCGUCCUUCUCGAGCGCAAGACACGAAGGCUGCGCAAAUCCACGGGCAACCAGGCUCUGCGCAGCAAACUCGAAACCCAUGGGAGCAACAAGAUUCGCAUGGCCAUCAUUCGGCCUCUCAAAUUCCUGCUCGCGACGCCUCUGGUCACUAUAAUUGCUGUUUACGUGGGCGUCUUGUACGGAAUUCUUUACCUCUUGAUCACAACGUUUUCAUUUGUGUACGCCGAUCAGUACAACUUCGGCGAGGGGACGACUGGUCUCUCAUUUCUUCCCGCUGGACUGGGCAUGGUGAUUGGGGUCACGUCGUUUGGUCACCUGCAGGAUUAUUUGGUACACCGCGCCAAUAAGAACAUGCAACCUGGGGAGAAGUACAAGCCCGAGGUGAAGCUGACGCCUUGGGUGACGAUACCAACGGGGUUUACUUUGCCAAUUGGCCUCUUCAUCUACGGAUGGACGACGCACUACAAAGUCCACUGGAUCGUACCGAUGAUUGGCGUUGUCAUUUUGUCGGCCGGUCUGACUGGUGUCACAAUGUGUGUCCAGAACUAUCAGAUGGACUCGUACCCAAGAUACGCCGCGUCAGGAUCGGCUGCGGUUAUGCUUCUGAGAUCACUAAUCGGAGCACUACUGCCACUGGGAGGACUGAAGAUGUAUGACGCCUUGGGUCUGGGAUGGGGGAAUAGCCUUCUAGCAUUCAUGUGUCUGACUUUGGUUCCCGUUCCGGUUUUACUGUACUUAUAUGGCCAGAGGCUGAGGCAGAAAUUCGAUCCUGUCCUCUGA